AUGCCCUUUUACCGAAGGGCUACCAAUUGCAACGGGGAUUUGUCUCUCUGCGAACGUAGCUAUGGCAACGUCACCUUUGUUGGCGCGCACAAUAGCUACGGCAUUCACGCCGGCUCCACCAACGUCGCUGCCAAUCAAAAUAUCAGCAUCACCGAUCAACUCGACGCAGGCGUGAGGUUGCUUCAGAGUCAAGCCCACAGGAGUUCCAACGUCUCGGUGCAAGGUGCUGGCAUCGACCUGUGCCAUUCGGACUGCAGUCUCUUCCAAGGGGGCACGUUGGAAUACUGGCUCUCCCAGAUUGUGGCGUGGAGCAAUGCGAAUCCAAACAAUGUGGUCACGCUGCUCAUUGUCAAUUCGGACAAUCUGCCAGCUAGUCAAUUCGCUCAAGCUUUCGAAUCUACCGGCGCAGCUGCAAAGUCCUACAACCCCUCUUCGGCCGGCGUGGGGAGCAACGGGGUAGUGUCUCGCUCUCAGUGGCCUUCAUUGGGCACGAUGAUAGAUGCGCGCACACCCCUCGUCUCCUUUCUCUCCACUCAAGCCGACGACAAUAAUCCCGGCUAUCUGCUGCCCGAAUUCUCCAACGUGUGGGAGACGCCCUUUGACCAGACCUCUGUCCCAUUCAACUGUUCGGUGGAUCGCAUGGCGCAAGGUUCAGACUCUUCCAACCUCUUGGCCCUCUCCAACAACUUCCGCAGCACGCGAUUGUUCGGCGACGUCACCUAUCCCGACACUGGCAAUCUUGGCAGCACCAAUUCCGAGCAGACGCAAUUGGACAGCGCUUACACGUGCGCAGCGCAGCACGGAAAUGCGAAUCCCAACUUUAUCCUCACCGAUUACAGCCAGACGGGAGAUUACGGUGCGCUCAGAGCGGCCGCGCAGCUCAAUGGCGUCAGCUACACUCCUCCAAGGUCGUCGAGCGGAAGCAGCGCUUCGGGCAAUGGCAGCAGCAGUAGCGGCAAUGCCGCUUCGUGCCUCUUGCAAAGCAGCUCCCUCGCGCUGCUCGCAGUAGCUGUCGGUGGGAUGGCUCUUUUCGCAUAA